CCCCCCUGGCCUGGUAAAGGAGCUGAAUGAGUGCAGUGCUUGUGUCUUCAUGUUCCGCUAACAUCCCUGAGGUUGGCUCCUACAUGCUAGCAGAACUGUGCGGCGCUCCACUCAGGAGCUCUCCAUGAAUAUCAGAAUUGGCAAAGUAUCCAAACGUGCAUGUUGGUAGUUGAGCUUUCGAGAGGCCCUUCGAUUUGAACUGAAGUUGUUCAAAUCUCCUUUUGUUUUAUUUUAAUUUUUUAGUCAAGUACGAGCACCAUGUGGGAGGUUCGCUCCAUGUCUUUCUGGCGGGCGGUGUUUGCCGAGUUCUACGGCACCAUGUUCUUUGUCUUCUUCGGUCUGGGGGCCGCCCUCCGCUGGACCACGGGCCCUCACAAUGUUCUGCAUGUGGCCUUUUGCUUCGGGCUGGCGGCGGCCACGCUCAUCCAGUCCAUCGGCCACAUCAGCGGAGGACACAUCAACCCCGCCGUCACCUUCGCCUUCCUCAUCGGCUCCCAGAUGUCUCUGUUCCGUGCCAUCCUCUACAUUGUGGCCCAGUGUCUCGGAGCCUUGGCUGGUGCUGCCGUGCUCUACGGUGUCACACCCAGCAACAUGAGGGGCAACCUGGCCCUCAACACGCUGCAGCCAGGCAUCAGUCUGGGAAUGGCCACCACCAUGGAGGUCUUCCUCACCCUGCAGCUCGUCGUCUGCAUCUUCGCCGUCACAGAUGAGAGGCGCAACGGGCGCCUAGGAUCCGCCGCCCUGGCUAUCGGUUUCUCAGUGCUGAUGGGACAUCUCCUUGGGAUUUACUACACCGGAGCAGGAAUGAACCCGGCGAGGUCCUUCGCCCCCGCUGUGCUGGUCAGGAACUUUGUCAACCAUUGGGUAUACUGGGUGGGGCCUAUGAUUGGCGGCGCUAUCGGCGCUCUGCUCUAUGACUUCAUGCUCUUCCCUCGUAUGCGCGGCCUCUCCGAGCGGCUGAGCACGCUGAAGGGCACCAGGCCUCCGGAGGCCGAGGGCCAGCAGGAGACCCGAGGAGAACCCAUCGAGUUGAAGACCCAGGCACUAUAAGCCCACAGAAGAAUCCCAUCUGCUAACCCCUCACUCCUCUAUCCCAUCCACAACAGCUGAGUGACAGCAUGGGCUCUUGUGCCUCCCUCUUUUUUGGACUGCAGGACAAAGAUGACGACCUCUCUUCAUCUUUCUUUCUCUUCCUUUUCUAGUCUGCUAGGAGUGAAGCUACAGUAGAGACUUCAGCAUGCUUUUUUUCUUCUCCAAUUUGAGCCGGCAUGAUUUUGCCCUUUAUAGUUUUGUUCCAGCAACCAUCGCUUAUUGACAUGUACGUAUUGUACUUCAUAAUAUUAUCACAUUUUUCUCUCAGUUUUUUUUUUAAGUGUGUGUCAGAGAGGAUGCUUGUUGUCUGUGUGCGUGUGCGUGUGUAUGCUUGUUUCAAUUUUUCCUUUUUUAUUUUUUUACUUUUCAAUGCUUCCUAUGCAUGAUAACUUAAGAAAACUAUACACCAGACAAGGUGGUUUCCAACAAGACAUUCAAUCGAAAUCCUCCUUUCUGAAUAAUCAACACCAUGUAAUGAAACCCUCAUAUUGGCGCUGUUUAAUAAAAAAGCAUGCUAAUUUUGUAUCUGGCAUAGGAUAAUACCUACAAAACGUGGACACGCACACUUUUCAGUGGAUUUCAUUCCCUAUGUCAAUAAAAAGGGUUUCAUUCUUUAGAAAAUUCUUUACUUUUGCAGCAUCCCUUUCGCCAGAAAAACAUGACUGCUGGUUUCCUUGUGUUGUGUCAAAGCCGAACAAGUCAAAAGCAGAGAAUUGAUAUCAACAUGGACUCAAAAGGAGCGCAUGAGUGUGCUGACUUAAUAAAGGCUCUUUUAGACAUGCAAUGGUUUCCAGAGAGAAAGAAAGAGAGAACUUUGAAGAUGAUACUCUACAUCCCCAUUCUCAUCCUCCUCCAAUCAGGGUCACUCCAAAAUUCCCAACUAGCAUUGUGACUUUACAAGGCAUGUAAGCUUUCCUUCUGAGUUACCUUUUUUAUUCCGGUGUGGUUUCCCUGAGUAAAGUGGUUGGUUGACUAGAUUUGACAUUUUAGUGCCAUGUUUUUUGGGAGUUUUUUUCCUGUGAUGUAUGGUGUAAAGUUUUCUUUUUUUAAAGCAACAUUUGAGGAAAUCUUGAAGCUGGAUGUGGAGGAAUGAUAAUCAUUUAGUACUUGUGGAUGCAAUUGUGUUCUCACACCAUCUUGCUCUCAUGCAAUGGACAGCUUUUAUUUACACUGCAGGCAUGCCUUCCCAAUCAAAUGGCAUUGAUUUAUUUUUAUAUGUCCAAAAAAAAACAUGUCCCAAAAUUAUUGCUUGACAUCUUUUUUUCUUGUCCGUUUAUCGUCAACUUUUAUACUGACUGUUGAAAAGAGCAGCAUCUUUUAAAUUUAAAGCACAGGCUUCUACUGACAAGUCGCACAAUUGAAAAAAAAUCCACAAGUUUUUUUUUUGUUUUUUUUAAAGGAUUAUAUUCAGGGUAACACAAAUGACAGAUGACAUACUGUAUUACUAAUUACCAGUGUAAAAUAUGAAUAUCAUAUCACAUUAUGCUUAUUGUCCGCACACACAAUAGUUUGGGGUGCUAACAUAUUUUUGGUAAAUAUUCAGUUAAAAAGCUGCUUAAGUUGUUCAUUUAGCCCGUCAAAACCAAUUUAAAACCUAUUAGUCUGUCAUAAGUAUAAACUCUGCAUAACUGACAGCAAAUGAUUGGCAAAGGUGAAUAGAUUUGAAGUAAAAUAAAUUGAUAUGAAGUGGGCAUCACAAAAUUAACAUUUCUACAAUCAAAUGUAUAAUUUGAAAGUUCAGAAAGUAGAAACAGCUACAUUAGCUAAUACUGUUCACAUGCAUCUUGUCAGUGGGUGUUUUAGAAGUGCUUCACAUCCUAUGGGUGGAGAAUUCAAACAUUCUUUUUGCCUCAUGCAACAUCUUAAAAUGAAUUUCUUUAUCAUUUCAUUUUCAUAAGUGCGACACAUUAAGUGUUGAGUAAUCUGUUCAAUAAUAAAAGAUAAACAAUCGCCAAAGAUUUGGUAAAAAGAGUCACUACUUUUUUUCUUCCAUGCA